AUGAUUUGUUAUAUUUGUGGAUUGGACAUGGAAAAUUGGAAAGCAUUAGUAUGUCAUUUUAAAAUAUUUCAUUCGUUAAAAAGUUAUAGUACCUAUACAUGUGGUGAAGGUAACUGUAAACAAUCUUUUCAGUGCUUAGCUACAUUUAAAAGACAUAUACAUGUUAAGCAUUUCCCAGAACUACAAUUAAGUUCUAAAAUUCCUGAACAGUCUUGUACCAAUUCUUCACUACCACCUCUUAAUAAUUCUGAAAAUGUUCAUAGAAAUAAUUCUUUAAAUGAAAAUAUAAAUGCUGAAAUUCCAUUUAAUUUUGAACUAGUUAGUGAAUUAUUAUACAAAUCAGCAGUAGAACUGGUUGUUAAUUUACAUAGUAAUAAUAAUUUUGCUAGAGUAGACAUCAUAAAUAUUCAAGCUGGUAUAGUAGAAACAAUUUUAACACCUAUUGUGUCCAUGUUAAAAAAAGUUGUAGAAGAUGAAAUAAAAGAGCCUACUUUACUUUCUAAAUUUCACAGAGUUACUUCAGUCAUAGAAAAUACUUUUCUUUAUUGUAGUACUGAAUAUCGUUUAUUAGAUUGGCUUAUUAAUAAUGAAUUUUUGUCCAAAAUAAAUCAGUUUACUAUAAACAAUGAAAUUUGUCCAGUUCAACAUAUUGGUGAAACUAUAUUUGAUGAGAAAAAUACAACAGGCGCUUUAUUACCAUUAAAAUUUCAAUUUAAAAAAUAUUUUGAACAAGGUUCCCUGAUACUUGACUAUUUUAAAACACACAAGAAAUUGAAUGAUGGUAUACGGGCAACAUUGAUAGACAUACUUAUUGGACAAGUACUAUCACAACAAAUACCUAUGUCUGUAAGUAUGGCAGAAUCUCUAGCAGACCAAAUUGUUGCUAUGUUUAAAUCAGAAGUUAAGGAUACAUAUUUCAUGAAAAUCGGUUGUAAUAAAAAUCCCAAAGGAAAACUGUAUGCCAAGUAUUAUAAUUUUGUAAGAAACAUGAAAAAUACAGGAUUAAUACCCACACCAAUCACCAAAAAUAAAACAAUGAACGAGAAAAAACAGAAAAAUGGCUGGUUCGAAAAAAAAUUUGUAUCUGAAAGUGGAAUAGAUUCUAUACUUGAUGUUUUGAAAUACAAUGAUACUUCAUUUCCAGAGUUAGAAUCAAAUUGGAGAGCUACUGUAUUUUAUCGAUUAAAUGAUAUUAAGAAUUCUCAUUCAACAACAGAAAUCUUAAAUAAAUGGAAACAAUAUAAAGUUCCUUAUGGCCAUAAAUUAAUUGAUAUUGAUUACAAUAUUCUAUUUCCUACUGGUAUUAACAUAUAUCAAGACUUUGAGGAAAAAUCAGAUAAAAUAUUUAAAUUAUUAAAUGAAAAAAUCAAAGAUUUAAACUGUCGAAAAAUAUUGGAUACCUUAAAAAAUACAAAUGAAAUUAAUAUUAAUGAUAAUGUUAAAAAUGGUGUAUUGAUAUAUUUGCUACAUGCUCUAUUUGCUCCCACUUCAAAAAAAGUUACCAGAGACGAACAGGGAAAAAAGAAUCUGAUUAAAUAUUCCAUUAAAGAUUCACAAGACAGCUUCAUAGUAUUUGGUGAAUCUGUAGAUAUAAUGCAACAACAUUUAGAGCAACUUAAAAGUCGUGGGGACCCCAUCCAACCUUUUACUUUAAUUGUAGGGACUAUUUUUUCUCAUAAAGAAAUAUUAGUGUAUUUUGACUCAAUCAUGUAUAAAGUGCAUUCUAUACUAAGAUCCAUUGAAGUAUGUUAUAAAAUUUUCCACUUGUUCAAUUUGGAAUAUCCAUGUCAAUCAUCUAUUGUAUGGUUAUUCGUUCAAAAUUACUUUUUUGGCUUAACAUCUUCUUAUGAUAAACCUCAUCCAAAAUUAGUUCAAAUCUUAUCUGAUUUAAAAAAUGAUUAA